AUGGUGGAGCGUAUUCAGCGUGCUGAUGGAGCAGCAGUGAAGGCGACAGCAGAAGCUGGUCGUUUGCUGUCUUUAGCAGCAGAGAAUUUAAUGGGUGUAAAUCCUGAUGCUGCAGCAGCAGCAGCAACAGGAGGAGCAGCAGCAACAGCAGCAGCAGCAUCAGCAGCAGCAGCAGCAAGAAAAAUAUUACGUAAUCUAGAACUACAAUUCACACAUAUUGUUGCUAGCAGCGGAGCAGAGAUGACCUCAGCGGUGCAGCAUAUGCAGAGAGCAGAGGAGCAGUUUGCUUCUUUAUCUAAAUCCUUUCUAUCCGGUAUGGAGCAGCUAAAACAAAAGAAAAUGCUGCUGCAGUUGAUGGAUAUACAGCUGAGGGCUCAAGCAAUAGAUACGCUAGCAGCAGCAGCAGAAGGAGAAAAAAUAAAAGAGAAAGCUGCUGCUGCUGCUGCUGGAUUGAGAACAAAACUGCAGCAGCAACAGGAACAACUGCAGCAGCAAGCAGAAAAAACUAAACAAGCUCUUGCUGCAGCAAAGCAGCAGGCGCAGCAGCAGCUGCAGCGGCUCAUCGGCGAAACAACUACAGCUAUACAAGAAGGAGACAAGUGGUUGCGGCAGGCAGCGCAGCAGCAGAAGAUGCUAGCAGCAGCACUAACAGCAAGAGAAGAAGAAACAACAGCAGCAAGAAAAGCAGCAAAUCAGUUUAUAAAAACUCUUAUGGAGGAUGUAGAAGAGGCACAAAACAAGGUGACCAAUGGUCAGGUCCAAUGGUCCACCUUAGAAAAACAAUAUUCUUUCGCAACAAGAAGAGCUGCAGCAGAGAAACUUAUAGAAGAUGCUGCUGCUGCUGCAGCAAAAGCAGCAGCAGCACUAAGAAGCGCAGAAAGACAAGCAAACGAAUUCUAUGGAGAAGCAGCACAGACAGCUGAGGACUUAAAACGGCUGCAGCAGAAGCUGCACGAUAUAGGAGAAGAAGCAAAGCAGCAGCAGCAGCAGAUGCAUAAAGAGCAGCAACGGCUGCUUGCAGAAGGUGCUGCUGCAGCAGCAACAUAUGCAGCAGAUGAAGCAGCAGCAGCGCAGCAACGAGCAGCAACAGCAGCAAAGCUAUCGCAGCAUUUUAAUAGACAAAGAGAAGACGUGCUGCAGCAGGUAGAAGAAACAAAAGCAAUACUAGCAGCAAUAGGGCCCCGGCUGCUGCAGCAGGCCAAGACACCCCCAGCAGCAGCAGCAGCAGCAGCAGCAGGAGCAGCAGCAGCAGCAGAUAUGAGUAUACAAGAGACUCUGGAGAAAUAUAAAGACAAAGCAAACGAACACCUGCUGCAUGCGCAGCAGCACCUCGAUAGAGCCAAACAAAUAAAAGAACAAAUAGAGAAGGUGCAGCAGCUUAUAAACACAGACAUAGACAGCUUGAAACAAUCCUUAACAAACCCCAGCAGCAGCAGCAGCAGCAGCAGCAGCAGCAGCAGCAGCAGCAGGGGGCUAGCUGAGACAGUGGAGCGGCGUGUAGUGCAUCUAACUGCAUUGGGGGGAGAGCUAGCUAGACAGGAAGCAGCAGCAAAACGAGAAGCAGCAGAAGCAGAGAGAGCAGCAGCAAGCCUGACUCUUGCUGCUGUUCGUGCUGUUGUUGAGGAGGGGCAGCAGCAGAGUGAUGUGCUGCAGCUGCAGCAGCAGGAUAUACAAGCAGCAAUAGAUGCAGCAGAUGCAGCAGCAGCAGCAGCAGCAAAAGAAGCACAACUGCUGCAGCAGCAGCUGCUUAUAUUCACAGAACAAGAAGGAGGAGCAGCAGCACUUGCUCUGCUGCUGCAGCAAACAAUAAAACAACUAAAAGAUAUAUUAAAUACAGCUAAACAUAAAUUUAUUUAUAUAAUAAAAACACAGCUGCCGCAGCUAGAAGCUCUCGUUGCUGCAACACAAACAGCAGCAGAACAAAUGCACGAAAAAAAAAAAACAGCUAAUGCACAUGCUCCUCCGCCUCCCGCCGCCGAUGCUCCUCCGCCUCCCGCUGCCGAUGGUGCGUCUCCCUCCCCCCCUGACCCUGCAGCAGCAGAAGCAGCAGCAGCAGCAGCAGCAGCAGCAGAAGCAGCAGCAGCAGAGUUUGCUGCUGCUGAAGCCAAAGCCAGGCAGCUAGGAGAGCAGCUGAGUGCAGCAGCAGCAGAUGUUGCUGUUUGUGCUGCACACAUCAGCAGCACGCUGCAGGAGUUGAGGCAGCAGCAGCAGCAGCAGCAGCAGCAGCAGCAGCAGCGGCAGCAGCAGCAGCAGCCCAACAUUGCGUGCAUCAAGCUUGACUCUGUUCUUGCUGCUGCUGCUGCCAGCAGCAGCAGCAGCAGCAGCAGCAGCAGCAGCAGCGGCAGCAGCAGCAGCAGCCCAACACUGCGUGCAUCGGCUGGGCCUACAUCUCGGCGUUUGAGCAGCAAGCCUGCUGCAGCAGCAGCACCAACAGCAGCAGGAGCAGCACCAGCAGCAGCAGCAGCAGCAGCAGCAGCAGCAGAAGUAACAGUUGAAAGUUUAGAGAAAGAAGCAGCAGCACUAAAGGGAGAAGCAGAAGCAGCACGUGCUGGUAUUGAGGCUCGGCUGCAGCACCUGGAGGCGCUGCGGUCGAUGGCAGCAGCAGCAGCAGCAGCAGCAGCACCACCUCUUCCUGCUGCUGCAUAUGGUGCAGCAGCAAAGCCAUACAUAAACCAAGACAGCAGCAGCAGCAGCAGCAACAGCAGCAGCAGCGGGGACAAUGACAGCAGCAGCAGCAGCAGCAAGAACGGCGGUAUCGGCAGCAGCAAUGGAAGUGAUGAAACACCAGAAGCAGCAGAAGGGGCAGAGGGAGAGACAGAGAAAAGAGAAAAAGAAAGAGAAGAGAGAGAAGAGAGAAAUGAAGGCAGCAGCAGCCCCCGGCUGUAUCUAGCUGUUGGUGUUGCUAGCGGUGUGCUGCUGCUGCUGGGGAUCUCUGGCUGCGGUGUAUACGCGCGGCAGCAGCAGCUGAAAAAACAAAAAACGUUGAAGCAAGGGUUGUCUUCAUCGACGACGCAGCAGCAGGAGGGAGAAGCAGAGAACGGGAGAAUGGAAAUAAAACUAGGAGACAGUGAUGGGGAUAUACUUCCGCGGCAGCAGCAGCUGAAAAAACAAAAAACGUUGAAGCAGGGGUUGUCUUCAUCGACGACGGCGGCAGCAGCAGCUGAAAAAACAAAAAACGUUGAAGCAGGGGUUGUCUUCAUCGACGACGCAGCAGCAGGAGGAGGGAGAAGCAGAGAACGGGAGAAUGGAAAUAAAACUAGGAGACAGUGA